AUGGCGGUGUGCCACAUUGUGGAGGACGCCACAGGCCAUCAAAAUGUGGCACACCUUCUCAGGUCUCGGGAGCUGGCCGAUCGGUCAGGAGUGUGCCAGUCCACCCUGAGCCGAGCCAUGCCAGCUGUGUGGGACGGAAUCAUCCGAAUGUCAUCCAGCAUGGUUGGGAACAGGCUGGAGGCUGGCACUGUGCGCGAUGGGUGGCUUCUGGGGGACCGUGGCUACCCCCUAAGAACGUGGCUGAUGACCCCUCUUACAAACCCCAACACCGACCAAGAGAGGAGGUAUAAUGACCUCCAUUCCCGGACGAGAAUAAUUGUGGAGAGGGCAAUCGGCCUGCUGAAGGGACGGUGGCGAUCUGGACAGGUCGGGGGGGAUGCUACUGUACAGACCUGA